AAGUGAAAAUAUAAAUAAAAUACGAUAUUUACAACCUGCCCACAGCAACGCGUUGCCACCUCUACAUCACAAGCAACAAGUUAACGUCUAGAGUUUCAACAUUUUUUGAAUCCAUCUGAGGUAUUUACCAAAAGCACCCAAAAAGCAUUAAGACAAUAGUCAGGUCAGAUACGAAUCAAUCAGCAAAUCAACCAACCCACCAAACGACCCACUUACAAUAACUUAACUACAAUUUAUUUUACAUUCUUGUAAACAACUCAAAUCAUUCAUUCACCAACAGCAGGUUAAGACGUGCAAGCUCAAGUAUAUAAGUCAAAAUGUGGCCGUCUCACUGUCAACGGCUAGUUCUGCUUGUCAUCAGCCUCACCUGCUUUGCUUGCCUCUUCGCGCCUGUGGCGUCACGUUCACGUGACAAAGAAGGCCGUCGACGUAGCGAUCGCCUGUCAACUGUUUCGUCCACCUCCGCAUCAACCUACUACAGCAACUAUGCGGGCAUCUCCCCCGUUGCCACUAGCAUAUAUACGGGUCCCAUGGAUACAACCGGAUUUUGUGUACGUCGCCGCGACAUGAAACUCAUGUGCUAUUGCACGCCUGACGAGAAUCAUGUACCCGUACAAAAAGCAGAAUGUUGGAUAUUCUCCGAUGUCUUGUUACAGAAUGACACAACUUGGACGCGCUUCUUUCAACAGAAGCGUUUGCGUGAAUUGAAAUUUGUUAUACAAAAUCAUGGCCGACUCGAUUAUAUACCCACAAUGAUAAUUGAAUCAUUAAAGAAUUUGUCCAGUAUUAUUAUUGAGUAUUCACAAGUGGAUGUGGUGAGGAGUAACGCUUUCGCAAAUCUCCCAUAUUUGGAGCGUAUCAUAUUGACGAAUAAUCACAUUGUGGCAUUGGCUCAGGAUGCUUUCGCCAAUCAUAUACGUUUGCGUGAAUUGAAUUUGGAGCACAAUCAAAUCUAUGAAAUCGAUCGGAAUGCCUUCCACAAUUUGCCACAAUGUGAGCGUCUUUUCUUGAAUAACAACAACAUUACCAACCUGCAUGACAGUUUGUUUGUGGAGAUGCCACAUUUGAAUUAUUUGAAUUUGGCUUAUAAUCAAAUUUCUGUGCUGACCAGUGAUAUCUUUAAGGGCCUAGGCAAUUUAAAUGUGCUGAAGUUAUCACAUAAUAAUAUAAAUUUUAUUGGAGACACUGUAUUUGCGGAGCUAUGGAUAUUGUCGGAAUUGGAAUUGGACGAUAAUCGAAUUGAGCGUAUUUCGGAACGCGCUCUAGAUGGCUUGAAUACUCUAAAAACGCUGAAUCUACGCAAUAAUUUACUGAAGAAACUCGACAAUGGCCUACUACGUGGCACACCAGCACUCCUAUCAAUCAAUGUCCAAGGCAACGACUUGGAAACUUUGACAUUUUAUACAUUCCAGCCAAUUAUGGAUAAUUUAGUCAAUAGCACGAGUGAACUGCUGCUCUCAGAAAAUAAUUUCGUUUGUGAUUGCCGCCUCCGAUGGAUAUUUGAAUUGAAAAAUCGCACACGGUUCAUGCAGCUUCGUGACAUGCUCGAGGAUUUUGUUUGCACAUUGCAUGAUCCAAAAAUUUCCAACUUUAUUGAGCCCAUACCAAACCACAUUUUAGAUCUAUUGAACAUCGGUUCUAGCUACAAUGGUGAAAACUUAGGUGGCAGCAACAUCGGGCGCAAGCGAUUCUCCAAGUCCCGUGAAAGUGGCACCCAGCGAAAAGUGAGCAGUAGUGGCAGCAAUGGGCAUCGUUUCGAACAAAUGCAACUAACAGCCGAUAAUGUGGAGGUUGGUGAAGGCAAUGCGGCUGCUAUUGCCAGCAUACCCGAAAAUAGCGCACACAUUUUGACGCUAAGCAAACGGUCGAUUGCCGCCAAAGAAGAAGUAGUUGCAGCUGCCAGUAGCCAGUCGGAAAUGUAUAACGAUGCAAUCUUAGCCGCAUCCGACAUACCAAUCGUCGCUACCGCCAAUAUAAUUGGUGAAAAGAAAAAGAAAUCUAUAUCAUCGGCCAAUCUACGAGAUGAUUACUAUGACGAAACCACCGGCGUUGGUGGUAAUCCUGCUCCGCAUGAACUACUGCUUGCGCAGCAAGUAGAACUAGGCGACGGUUUGGAUGCAUUUAAACAAAACGCCUUGUACAAUCAGCAAACCAAUGAUGUCAUCGCCAUGACCAGCUCAAACGCCGAACAUACAGCCAGUAGUAAGCCACAGCCUUUGGGCAUUAAGGUACGUCUCUUCACACUCAAACCGGAGUAUCUGCCGUGUCACGAUGAGCUAAGCGAUCCCACAGAAUUACCACUGUCGCGCGAUCUUAUGGAUGUACGUAGCAAUCAGGCGCAGAGCAAUAUGUCAUCCGGCGGAUAUGGCCUGACAAUGGCUACACGGACAUUUGGAGGUGUGGUGGCGUUAAUUUUACGCUUCAGCAGCAGACGGCGAAUCGGUUAAGGGGAUGUAAAGGCGCAGGGUACAGUAAGUAUCAGAUAUUUUUAAACAUGGGUACAUUUGGGGAUAUUGCCAAGAUAUUCGAAA